CAGACUGACGUUCCCCUCGGACAGUUCACCCCAGCUGGCCUCUAUCAGUGAAGACUGCUCCCGUUGCCGUGGUUACUGCAGAGCUCAGAGAAAUUGUUUCAGCAGCAGCUGACUGUGAGCUCGAGACCGGCACUGAUUCAGAGAAACACUGAGGAGGAGGAAAUAUCCCCGCACCUGAACCGGCCCGUGACCCCGCCCACUCAGACAGGUUGUCAUGGCGAUCAGAGAAUGUUCAGAAUGUGUGGCAGUUCCUGGUUCAGCUGCUCGUGUUUCUCUGGAACGGUUCACACAUGCUUCAAAAGAUUUAUGAUCUAUGAAUCACUUCCUCUAUGCUCCUCCAACAUCAUUCAUUUCAUCAUGUCAAAACACACUAGAGAUGCUUGAUUAAAGGGAAGUUCACCCAGAAAUGCUGGACGCAGAUCAGACUCAGUCAGAUGCUGCUGGACAGACAGAUAUGAUGGAGAUGCAGACGGGAACAGAAACCCAGAGGUCUUGGGCUUUGGUGAAGAUGCGACACUCGGUCAGAUCUCCAGAGUCACCUCCUAACGCUCCUCCUGAGUGUGUCCAGAUGCCUCUGGACACCAGCGGAAACUCCCUGAGACCCUUCUACACGGCUCAGAAACCCGCGUGUGGCUUCGGCUUCUCCUGGCACACGGACCACAGACGCAGACACAACGACCUGCAGGCCUGCAACCCGGUGAUGUGGAGGAGCCAAGCGGAAAAGAACAGCAGGGAGUGACGUCAGUGGUAAUUGGACGGGACACCCUCACCCUGUCCUGCACGCUGUAUUUCAGUGUGUGUUUGCACGGGGAAGCGGUUUCUCCUGAAGCUCCGGCACUGCAGCGGCAUCAUGGGAAACUCGCCCGGCAUGUCAGUGAAAGAGCUGAGCGCCUGUCAUUCCCAUAAAUGGUACCGCAAGUUCAUGACGAGUUCCGUCCGGUCCGGUCAGCUCACCUUCUACGAGUUCAAGAAGUUCUUCGGCCUGAAGAAUCUGUCCGAAACAUCCAACGAGUACGUCAAGACCAUGUUCAAGACCUUCGACAUUAACGACGAUGGCUGCAUUGAUUUCAUGGAGUACGUGGCUGCUCUGAGUUUGGUUCUGAAGGGUGGCGUUCAGCAGAAGCUGCGCUGGUACUUCAAACUGUUCGACGUGGACGGCAGCGGCUGCAUCGACCGCGAGGAGCUGCUGCUCAUCUUCAAGGCCAUUGAAGCCAUCAACGGAGUAGACCAGGAGUUUUCUGCUGAGGAAUUGACUGACAUGGUGUUCAACAAGAUUGAUGUUAACGGAGAUGGUGAGCUGUCUCUGGAUGAGUUCAUCGAGGGCAUCCAGGCGGACGAGGUUCUGUCGGUGAUGUUGACCCAGAGUCUGGAUCUGACUCAUAUCGUCAGUAAUAUCUACACUGACAUGGGCUCUGAGCAGCAGCUCAACUGACCCCAGACCAGCCCGAGAUCAGGGUGCCAAACCAGAGGAAGAUGAGGAGCGUUUCUCAACUCUAAAACUGUUGAUUCAGCAUUGACUGAAGAGCUUUAAACCCUCAGCGCAUCAGAUACUGACAGCAUUAAUAGUGUUCACCUGCAUUUCAAAAGCCUGAUUAUUCCCUGUAAUCACAGAAUAACUGAGACUAGAGCAAAACGCUUUAUUUAAGUGCACUUAUGCAUGUUUUAUUAAUGACAUUAAAACCUGAGGUUUGAACAAAACCUGUAAAA